CUCUUGGCUAAAAGGAAGAGCAGUAUAUGGAGAAGUGUGCUAAAAAUAAGCCCGCUGUCGCCGGCUUGCUGAAAUCAGACGAGUCAAAAAGAAAAUUCCCUUUGCCGACGUAACAUUGUGGUGCUGUCCGCUGGUGGAUAAUCAAAUAUUUAUUAAGGAUCAGCAAUGGUGUCGAGCACGGACUGUCCCGUUUGUGGAGUGGCUGCCUCGCAGGCUUGCACCAGGUGUAAGAUGGUGCGUUACUGCGAUCGAGAGCACCAAAAGCAGCACUGGCCGCAGCAUAAGCGCAGUUGCAGGCCGUUCAGCGAGGAGCAGGAUCCCCAGCUGGGCAGGUAUCUAAUGGUAACCCAGGACAUUGCAGCUGGCCAGAUAGUGUUCAUUGAGGAGCCUCUGGUGGUUGGGCCCAAGUGGUACCUCUCCGACGCAGAUAAGGAGGCCUCUAUCGUUCCGUGCGUGGGCUGUGCCACGCCCUGCCGUUUGGGCAAGCACCAAUGUCGCAGAUGCCGCUGGCCAGUCUGCAGUUCCGGCUGUGAGCACGAGGCUCUGGAGUGCAGUGUGCUUAGCCUGGGAGCGGGUACACCUGCUAGGGCAGAUGCCCGUUCACUCAACGACUAUUUUAGGAGCGAUGCCCUUUUGGUGCUGAAGUGCUUGCUGCUGCAGCGACAAAGUCCGGCCAAGUGGGCUGCUCUGCUGGAGAUGCAGUCUCACGAAGAAGAGCGCAGGGGCACCGAGCUGCACGUGGAGGCGGAAAAACGGGUUGUGAGCUACUUGCAGCAGCGAUUUCUAGGCCGGCUCAAGAAAACCAAGCCAAACCUACUGCAGGAUUGCGGACCAGAGUUACUGCAUCGACUGUGCGGCAUCAUCGAGACCAACUUUAUGGUAAUCGAGCUGCCGACGGGAGUGGAGCUGAGCGGUCUAUUUCGGCAGGCCUGCAUGAUGGAGCACGCCUGCCAGCCCAAUUGUGAUUUCCAGUUCGACCCUAUUACUCAGCAAAUUUCUGUGCGGGCAGGCUGCAACCUGCGGAAGGGCGACCACCUGCGGAUCACCUACACAAAUAUCCUCUGGGGCACUCAUCUUCGCCAGCACCAUCUGCGGCUAACGAAACACUUCAGCUGCCGCUGCAGCCGUUGCCUUGAUCCAACGGAAUAUGGGACCUAUAUAAGUGCAUUGGCAUGUCUGGGGGAUGUAAACAAAACGUGCGCUGGCACCCAUCUUCCCGUGGAUCCGUUGGACGAGAACACCCAGUGGAAGUGCGAUACUUGUCCGAUGCUCGUGGAUGGGGCCUACGUGUCCGAACUGCAGACUCACAUGACCGAGCAGGUGGAUAGCUUAAUGGCCGGAUGUCCUUCCGCGAAUCAGGUUGAACUGUUACUGGCCCGGCUGUCCCAGAUCUUGCAUCCCAACCACUUUCACACCUUCAACCUGAAGCACACGUUGAUCCAACUGUACGGCAAUGAAACUGGCUUGGAAUUGGGCGGGCUCAGUAGCGGGCAACUGGAGCGGAAACUGCGCCUGUGCGAUGAGCUCUACAACGUCUGCCGGCGUUUGGAUCCGCACAGCAUCAAACUCGCUAUCUACGUGACGGUCAUUCUGAUCGAGAUUGCCCACACACGGGAGGAGCAAGCGCGAAGGGCUCCUGGAGAGGGAUCUAGUUUUCUGGAAUUGGCACAGGCUCGUCUUAAGGAAGCGGAGGUGGUCCUGGAGAAGGAGCUCGAAUCGGUGGCUGGCAAAAAGCUGUACGACCAGCUGCAGAAGGAGAUUUUUGAGUGCGAAAAACAAAUGCUGACUCUCACCUAUAACCAAAAACGUGAUGUCGGACAAAAAUAAUUUUUUUGUUGAAUAAAUCAAAAUGUAACACCUAAUCCCAUAAUUUAAAAUACCAGCAAAGCAUUAUUGCACAAUCUUGCACCCCAAAAUCAUGAAUAUUCUCUCAGUUAAAUGUUCAUAUGGAAGCUAAAGGAUAUUGUCUCAUUUUAAUAAAGCUAAAAAGACCUUAUUAACACGUUA